UGACAACAUCCCAUGAUUUGUUUAUUGUUUGGAUCAGUUAAUUAAGGGCCUUGUAACAUAGAUUUUGGGCCAUUUGCUGGCAACACCAGUGGGUUACUUCCAUGGUGUUUCACCUUCAUUUCCACUCUCCUUCCUCAAUUGGUAUCUAAUUCCUAAUACCAUCUAAACCAUAAUAGAUUAAUAGGAAGAAAAAAAAAAACGCAUAAAUCCUGCGGGAAAAAAAAAAGAAAAAGUGAGAGUAAAUACCUAUGGUUGACGAGCGGCAGCUGAGCCGGCUAACAAGCCGAAGUUCGCGCUUCCCGUUACCCGAAAUUAACACGCGCAAUUGCACGUGCAAGGACACACUACACACGAUUUUGUAAAAGCUGAAGUUCAAAAAUAAUAUUUUGACAAAAAAAAAGAAGAUAAUAAAAAUAAAAACAGCAAAAAGCGACAAGAGCAAGGGCUCGCGUAUAUAUAAACCAAGGUCCUUCCCAAAUACGCCGUCCCACUCUCACUCCCAGUCUCCCCCCCCUCCCACUGAUUUGUUAUAACUCUCAACUACUCAAAACCACUUUGUUUUCGUGAGAGCGAAACAGAAACAGAGCGAGCGCAUUCUUCCGCCAUUAAUGCCUCUCAGCAACAAAGCGUGAAACCUCUCAUUCUCUUUUCCACGUUGCUCUCUCUUUUGCAAACAUUCAAACAAUCAGAACCUCUCUCUCUCCUUCGCUAUCUACAGGACUGUAAUUAUAUCUUUUUUAUAUUGGCACAGUCGCUAACAGAGAGAUGGAGCUAAGUAAGGUCACCUUAGAGAUCUUCACGAAGCUUGAGCAGAAAUGGCUCUCUCACUGCGAAACCACAAAGAAGACUCGGAUUCUCAGCAUUGAUGGCGGUGGAACCACCGGCAUUGUCUCCGGAGCAGCCUUGAUCCACCUCGAGGAUCAGAUCCGCCUCAAGACCGGCGACUCACACGCUCAAAUCUCCGAUUUCUUCGACCUCAUCGCCGGAACCGGUAUCGGAGCCGUCCUCGCCGCCAUGCUUGUCGCCGACGACGGCUCCGGCCGUCCUCUCUAUACCGCCAGAGAAGCUGUGAACUCCAUCGCCGGGAAAAACUCCGACUUGUUCAAGGUCAGGCUAGCUGGAGUUUUCCGCCGUCGCCGGAGAUACUCAGGCAGCAGCAUGGACAAGGUUUUGACCGAGUUGUUGACUAGGGAGGACGGCAAGGUCUUGACGCUCAAGGACACGUGUAAGCCUCUCCUGAUUCCCUGCUACGACAUGAAGAGCUCGGCCCCUUUCGUCUUCUCCCGAGCAGACGCCUCCGAGUCGCCGAGUUUCAACUUCGAGUUGUGGAAAGUCUGCCGCGCCACGUCAGCAACGCCAAGCGUCUUCAAGCCGUUCAGCCUGAGCUCCGAAGACGGAAAGACGUCCUGCUCGGCCGUGGACGGGGGUCUGGUGAUGAACAAUCCGACGGCGGCUGCUGUGACGCACGUGCUCAACAACAAGCGCGACUUCCCCUCCGUCAACGGUGUCGAGGACUUGCUGGUUUUGUCGUUAGGCAACGGCCCCUUAACCGGAGGUAAACCCCAAAGUAACGACAAGUCGUCGGUCGUUGACAUUGUCCUUGACGGAGUUUCCGAGACCAUUGACCAAAUGAUGGGGAACGCCUUCUGCUGGAACCGUACGGAUUACGUGAGAAUUCAGGCGUUCGGAUUGGGCAGCGAAGGGGUUGUGGGCCCUAGAUCGGAGGAGGAAGUGAAGGUGUUGAAGGAGAGAGGGGUGGAGUCUUUACCGUUUGGCGGGAAGCGGUUAUUGACGGAGACAAACGGAGAUAGAAUCGAGGGUUUCGUGCAACGCCUCGUGGCUUGUGGAAGAAGCAGUCUGCCACCUAGUCCCUGCAAGGAUUCCGCCGUUAGCCCUCUCUCUAACGGCCAUUAGUUAGCGUUGGUCUUUUCUUUUUGUAGUUUUUUACUGGAAGUUGUAAUUUUGUAAACCAAACUCAGGUUUUCACCGUAGCAAAGCUAGCAGCAGCUAAAUAAUAACCCCACCUGUUCAGUUCCCUGUCGAACACGCAAACCUUGUGCAUCUUUAAUUAUUCAACUAAACGGCUCAAUUAUGAAUUUAUUUUUCUUAAAGGACC